AUGAACCUCGGCUUGGUCUCCCUGAAUGGGUAUCGUAUAAAGAAAUUGAAGUCAUUCAUAUUACGGUGUCGAGCUUGUUUCAAAACGACACCGAUCAUGACCAAGGAGUUUUGUCCUGCAUGUGGAAAUAAGAUGUUGCAUAAGGUUGCGGUGUCCGUGGAUGAGAAUGGAGAGCAGGUCUUACAUAUAAACUGGCAGAGACUUGCAAAUAAACGCGGUUUGAAACAUUCGUUACCGGCUCCGAAAGGCGGAAAACAUGCGGUAGUUGAGAAAUUGUUUGAAGAUCAACCAAUACCACAGAAUCGCAUGGCGAAAGUCCAUACUGGUGGCUUUCUAAUGUCGUCCGUGUACUAUUGUCAUCAGUGCCGCAACCAAGUACCUCUUAGGAACACCGACAUGAUCUGUGGUGUAUGUGGAGGAGAAUUCCUCGAACAGAUAACUCCACCUCCUCGAGUUAUCCCUCAUGCUCCGUUCUCACAUUUUCGACAGCCUCCCGGAAGAGGGGCUCAUUUUCAUCAUCACCAUCAUCACCCACCAGCUCAACAGCCACAUGUACAGCAAGGGUCUAGUCAGAAUGCACCAGAGAACUUCUUCCAGUCACUUAUGGGAAUGUUCAAUUCACUCCCUAGUCAACCACCUGCCUCAUCGCAAAGUAGAAGCGGUAGUGGAAGUAAUACUCCAUCGAAUGGUCGUGCUCAAGGGCCACAAGCCAUAACUUUCUCCCUUGAUCAAGCCAUGCAAAUGCAUCCGAUUCUGGGACAGGUACUUUCUAGUCUGGGAGAUCCACAUAUGCAAGUCCGCAUUCAUAUCGGUGAUGACCGAGACGGAACAAUGCAUGGUCCAUUUGGUGACUAUGUUUGGGGCGAGAACGGCAUGGAUCGCAUUGUCACGCAGCUUCUGAAUCAGAUGGAUGGCACUGUGAGACCGGUUGGACUAACGGAGCAGCAAAUUAACAGAUUACCCAUAAUAAAGGUUUCGGAACAGCAUGUGAAAAAGGAUACUCAAUGCACUACUUGCUUUGAAGAUUUCAAACUUGGUUGGUGUUCUCAUUGUUUUGAGGAUGGUUGUGGGAGUUGCUAUUAUCACAUAUUCCAUACACAAUGCGUUGUUCCUUGGCUUCAGCAACGUCCAUCCUGUCCCAUUUGCAGACAAGAAGUGAAUGCUUCUUUGUUUCCUGAACCGGCGCCUGGAGCUCCAACAGUCUCGAGCUUGGAAGCGAAACGAUAA